UUUGUCCUGGGCCACUCGGCGAUGAGAGCCACACCGAAAGGGGCACUUUGAGAUAUGAUGAUUUAUUUCUGGUUGGCAAUAGUACUAUGAUUUGGUAUGUGGCCACUUUGAUAGCAAGUGUAUUCAGCACCCGAGGAACGGCCGCUCAAGGUGCCCACGGAGUGCGAGAAGAGCCCCAGUUUGUGACGGCACGUGCAGGAGAGAACGUCAUCCUGGGAUGCGACGUGUCCCACCCUCUGAACGGCCAGCCCUAUGUGGUGGAGUGGUUCAAGUAUGGAAUGCCCAUCCCCUUCUUCAUCAACUUUCGCUUCUACCCUCCUCAUGUGGACCCCGAAUAUGCAGGCCGAGCCAGUCUGCACGGCAAGUCCUCCCUGCGGAUAGAGAAUGUGCGUUCAGACGACCAGGGCUGGUAUGAGUGUAAGGUGCUGAUGCUGGAGCAGCAGUAUGACACCUUCCACAAUGGCAGCUGGGUGCAUCUAACUGUCAACGCCCCCCCCACGUUCACAGAUACACCACCUCAGUAUGUAGAGGCCAAGGAGGGGGGUAGCAUCACUUUGACCUGCACAGCCUUCGGCAACCCCAAACCCUCUGUCAGAUGGCUGCGGGAAGGCAGCCUCAUGGUCAGCAGUGCCAAGUAUAAGGUGUCUGAUGGGAGUCUGACGGUGCUAUCCAUCACCCGGGAGGACCGUGGGGCCUACACGUGUCGAGCCUUCAGUCCCCAGGGAGAGGCCAUUCACACCACAAGGCUGCUAGUACAAGGCCCUCCAUUCAUCGUAUCACCACCAGAGAACAUUACAGUGAACAUCUCGCAGGACGCCUUCUUCACCUGCCAGGCGGAGGCCUACCCUCGAAACCUGACCUACACCUGGUUCUGGGAGGAGGACAACGUCUUCUUCAAGAAGAGCCCACUUAGCCUCAUUCCCAGCGUCGAGCCCUACUGGGAGGGGCCGGACGCAAGCAGGUCAUCUUCAGGAAAGGUGAGCCCAGAGAGCAUUCAUUCAAAGGCAUCUCCGUCAGAAUCAUCUGAAGAUAGUCAUGACCAGCGUGGAAAGAAACCACCCCCAAGUCCAGGGAAAAAAGAGGAAUUGUCUUUAUACAUGAAGACCAAAAGAGCAAUAACAAGCAAGAAGUACAGCAUGUCCAAGCAUGAAGCUGAAGCAACAACACCCAUUGAACUCAUCAGCCGAGGCCCAGAUGGACGCUUUGUCAUAGAUCCCACUGACACAGAAAUGUCUGUUAAGCCCCGUCGAAUCGAGGGCUUUCCUUUUGUGGAAGAAUCAGACCUCUAUCCUGAAUUCCGACAGUCGGACGAAGAGAAUGACGAUCCCAGACCUUUGCCUCCAGUUAUGGCCCCCCUUCGGCCUCACCAGAUUUCCCCCAUCUCAAGUCAAGAAUCCUACCUGCAACCUCCAGCCUACAGUCCUCGUUUCCAGAGGCCCUUUGAAGGUAUGACCAUCAUGGAGAGCAGUCGGCUCCAGGCCACAGGGCAGAUCCGAGGCUCACUCCACCACAGGGCUUUCUAUGGCUAUCUAGGCCACCCUGGGGACCACGAUCCCCCACCUCCUUUUUACAUGCCUGAUACCAGUCCACUGAGCUCUGUCAUGUCCUCCCCUCCAUACCUUGCUGAAGGUCCUUUUGGUCACCCCAUGAUUCCUGAAGAAAUGGGGGAGGCUGAUUUCCCACAGUAUGCUGUCUCUGGUUUCCCACUUCCUCUGACACUCACCUCUUCCUCUCGUUCACCGGAGAUUUGGCAGGGACUGGAUUUUACCUUUGCAAGUCUGGAGGGGCCCCAAUUUAUUUUUCCACCACAUCACCCUUUACAUCUCCGCCACGACUCCCCCUAUCCUCCUCCACCUCAUGUUCUUCCCCUUAGUGCUUUCCAGCCCUCCUCCCUUCCAAUGCCCACUUACCCAGCUGUCCUGCCACUGGAGGCCCCAAAGAGCCACUCAAGCAAGUCUCCCAGCAAGGCAAAGCCUCAUGGCUCCCCAGCCAAGCAUUUAGCUAUGCAAGAGGCACAUUUAGGGCAGCUAAGACACACAAGCCACGGUAUGGGUGUGCCAGUUUUGCCUUUCACUGAUCCAAUGGCCCAUAUUGUCCCUAGCACAUUCAGUAGUCUGGACACACGAUGGUUUGAAACCCCCCCUCGUUUCAGUCCGAGACAGGCUCGUAGAAUGGAUUCUGGCAUGCAUCAGGUGGUUCUCCAGCCCUCUCGACUCUCACCCCUCACCCAAAGCCCCCUUAGUUCUCAUGAGGGCUCCCCAGACAUUGUAGUCCGUCCACGGCCACGUCCCAGCAUUGUCCAACCUCCCAUACCCCCAGAGAUGUCUGAGAUUACCCUCCUCCCUCCUUCCACAGCCAGCUUCUCAAGGAGAUCUUCCCCAUCCUCCUCACCUGCCCUAGGCCAGGGUAGCAGGAGAUCAAGUCCCAGCUACCGUUCCCACAUGGCCUUUGCCACCUCUGCAACCAGCUACCCAGCUUCCCAGUCCCCGUCACCCCCCAUGGAAAGCAGCAACAUUUUUGGGCAGAUGCCAUCUCAGAGGAGGACAGAGGAGGAGAUCCUUCCAUCUGAGCCCUCUCCACCCCAGUUGUCAGCUUCAGGAAAACGUCGAGGUGCGCCGAGUGCCCUUUCAGGGUCUGAGAGGAUUGAUGCACUGAGAUACCAACGUAUUAAAAAGGCCAAGAAGAUGACGAUGAACAACAAUAACUCCAAGACCAGAAAGAAAGCAGGUGUCUCCACCUCUCAGACCCAGCAGGCCUACACCUCUCAGGUACUCCAGCCCGAAGAAGCUCUCUACCUCCGCAAGAAGAAGAAACGGCCCAUCCUCCAUGACCCAUAUACUCGCUUUUCUGCUCUGCUGUACCGCCGAACACCCCGGGAGGACCAGAAGGCUAUUUUGGCCAGCAUGGACAACAUAGACCUAGACCAUGCCACCCUUCUCUAAAACAUGCAAUAUGCCCCCAUUCCAAAAUGAAACUAGCUACACACCAGAUAGAAAAAAUAACACUAUCAAUUAAAGAUAUUUAUUAAGGGUAAUGGCACUAAAUUUCAGCAUUCACAUUUAUAGUGUAGCUACACCCUUGGUCAGUUCAAUCUGCAGUAGUAAGCAUUCUGCCAUGUUCAUGAGCUAAUCUGUGAUGACAAGAAAUGUUUUUAGAAGAAUCCAAAAUCAGAAAAACCCACAACAACUUUUUUUUCCAGUAAAAAAGUCCAGAUUAAUGUUUGUGUCUAAAAUCUGGUCCCAACAUACUGUCACCGUCAGUGAAUAGCAGCAGCGGUGAUUGGUAUGGCAUCACCGAGUCUUGGUUCUAAGGCUUUCCCUCUGAAAUGUUUUUUUAAAGUUAUUUUUCCAACUACUCAUUGGGAUGCCCAAAUGCACAACAAUGAUCUGUGUAUGCUUAAAUCAAGUAGUAUUCCCUUUAAAAAAUGUAUUUAGACUUUUAGCAAUUCAAAUCAAAAUGAUAGCUGCCACAGUUUUGCAAAGUUUUACUCCAGUGCAAAAAGAUUAAUGCAAAAAGAGCCAAUACAUGAUUACCAGCUCCAACUUUUUUCUAAUAAAAAAACCCCCAGGUUUCCUACUCUAGUGUUCUACUCUAGUGCUUCUCCAGGCUUGGGUCAUGUUUCUUGUGCCGAGCCAAUCCCCCCCAUAAAAGCCCUGUGGGUCUCCGUUUACAGCACCUUCCACGGGAUCCUCUCCGCCAGCAACGUCUCUUAUCUGCCGAGAAACUCGCCUCACAAAUGUGGGUGUUCUCACUCCCUACCAAGUAUACCUCAGAGCACAGGACACGAGACCACACCACCACCAGGAUCAGCAGCAAAACAAACUAGCCUUUUUCA